GCACUUCUGUCACACAGUAUAUAAAAUACUGUCGAAGAAGAAGAACACGGAAGUUUUGAUAUUCAGAAACGCGGCGCCACACACGAAUGUCAUGCCGUCCUCUGCACAAUUGAUGUCUUGUUUGAAUGAGGUUUGCAAUGUGAAUAACUCAUAGGAGUCAUAUGUUUUACUUAAUUUACCGUGGAAAAAAGUGCUGAUUUCGCGAAAUUAGCGAAACGCUUAUGUCGGAAUUAGCAUUUUAGCUAACAAGCUAACUCCUAUACGUCAGACGAUGGAUCAAGACCAACAACUGAGAAACCUGCGGGAUUUUCUUCUGGUUUACAACCGCAUGACUGAGAUCUGCUUCCAGAGAUGCUCCAGCAACUUUAACUACAGGAACCUCACCAUGGACGAGGAGCGCUGUGUGGACAGAUGUGCAGGGAAGCUGAUCCGCUCGAACCACCGCCUGAUGGCCACCUACGUGCAGCUGAUGCCCCGGCUCGUGCAGCGGCGAAUGGAGGAGAUGGAGAGCAAGGCUGCUGCGAAUAGGGCGGCAGAAGCAGCCGGUUCUCUCGCAAGCACAUCCGAAACCUCAGUUAGCACAAUCCCACCGCCUCAAGAACCGCUGUUGUUACCUCAGCCAGUGACUGAUGAUAUCCACACAUCACCGACUGAGACAUAAAGGCUCACGACGUCUGCUUCCCUAAGAUGGCAGCAAACUCCUUUUGUAGCCGACGUCCCAGUAGGUGGCACACAAGUGGAACAACUUAACAGAACAGGAUGCAUUUUUUUUUGUCACAAAAGUCAACAGUUGACUGGGAAAUGCCUUGUGGGAUGCAUUGUGGUUGUCAAAACCUUGCAUUGGUGGUUUAAAUGUACAGUACAAAAGGUGCUGUCUCACCAGUUUAUGGAAGUGAGUUAUUUAGCGCAUGUUCCAAACUGUAAAAUAAAACUGUGGCUUGGUUGCAACCCCUGA